AUGGUGUCAAAAAUCGGCCCUGUUGUUGAUCUGACCAAGGUCGACAAGUCGGAAGUCCUUUGUUAUUACGCUAUAAAGGACAACGACUAUAGCGGUCACAUGGGAGCACGAGUCUCGUCCAUCUUUGUCAUCUUUGGAGUCAUCAUCGCCACUGCCUUCAUACACCUGCUCGACCCGGCUUACAAACGCAUCGGACCCGGAACGUGUGUUGGCGAGUCCGGAAAUUGGGGUAGCUAUUCAUGGUGUGCAGCUAUCGUUCUUGCUGCUGUACUUGGUAUCUUCACACUUGAUCUCGUAGCAGAGGUUUACGUUGAGAGGAGAUUUGGACAUGUGAAAGAUACGAAUGCAGCAGAGGUAAUGAUAGACGCAGGCCAUCAAAGCAACAUCCAGUCCUCUGAGUUUCUGAAUCGCUCGGUCGAGCCGAAAGAUGUAGUCGACCACGAGUUGGCCUCCACGGAAGAUUCUGUGCGUAUCAAACAGUUAUUCUGGCAACAAAUUACGGCAUUUUUGAUUCUCGAGUUUGGGAUCAUCGUCCAUUCCGUCAUCAUCGGCCUGAACUUGGGGGUCACUGGCUCAGAAUUUGCUACUCUGUACCCUGUUCUCGUGUUCCAUCAGUCCUUCGAGGGUUUGGGUAUCGGCGCCCGCAUGUCGGCCAUUCCCUUUGGUAAACGGACCUGGCUCCCUUGGAUUCUUUGCGCAGCCUACGGACUGACAACACCAGUGUCAAUUGCUAUUGGCCUCGGUUUGCGUCACACUUAUACACCCAAGUCAAAGACCGCGUUGAUUGUCCAGGGCGUUCUCAACGCUGUGUCAGCUGGCUUGUUGAUCUACAGUGCUUUGGUGGAACUAUUAGCAAGAGACUUCUUUUCGACCCUAAUCGUACUACACGUCGAUCAGGUCUUGCUUACAUGUUCUUCUGCAUGCUGCUUGGUGCUGGAAUUAUGGCACUGA